UUAUGACGUCAGAGCUGCUUUCUGUUCCACGUGUUUGAAAAGGGUCGAUUUGGGGAUUUUAUUUAAAACACGCAGGAACUUAAACAUAUCUUUAUGGAUAAAUAUGAUGUUUUAUAUGUAAAUAUAAUAACCUCUUUUUGACGACUGUAAUUGUUGUUAAACCUAGUUAUAGCCCUACUGGAAAAGUCUGAAGUUAAAACAGACCAGGAUACACAAACCAUGAUCACUACUGAAGAGUUAAAUGACCCUAAACCAGAAGAAGAGGAGGCUGGUGAUGAGGAUGGUGAUGGUGAUGGUGAUGAUGAUGAUGAUGAUGAUAAGAAACCAGAGCAUGAUGAAGAUGCUGACCAUGAAAUGAACAGUGAAAAUGGUAAUGAAACUCUAGAACUGGAGAUUAAUAAAGAAGAUGGUCUUGAGAAUCCAAAAGGCAAGAAGUUUGUUCCAGGAAUAGUGUAUUUGGCACACAUCCCUCCUAGAAUGAGACCAAAACAUGUUCGGAACAUGCUGGGUUUGUACGGAGAGAUUGGAAGAAUAUUCCUGCAGCCUGAAGAUCAUUGCGUUAAAAGGAAGAAAAAAAAGGCAGGAAGUAAUUCAUCCAGUUUCACAGAGGGUUGGGUGGAGUUCAGAGACAAGCGCAUUGCUAAGAGAGUCGCGACUAGUCUGCACAACACACCCAUGGCCAACAGGAAAAGGAGCCGGUUCAGCAGUGACUUGUGGUCCAUAAAGUAUCUGCAUAGGUUCCAGUGGUGUCAUCUCAGUGAGCGAUUGGCUUAUGAACAGACCGUCUAUCACCAGCGUAUGAGGACAGAAAUCUCCCAGGCAAAGAGGGAAACGAACUUCUACCUGGCUAGUGUGGAGAAGAGCCAGAACAUGGCGAAACUCAAGAAGAAGAAAGAGAAGAAGGGCGAGGUUGUUGAGGAGAAGACCUGGGACUUCAAGCAGCGUCCUACAGAGGACGAGAUCCAGAUGAAACAUAUGAUGAAGAAAGGAUUGUCCAAGAAGAACCUCCAGAAGGCUCAAGAGAAGAACAAAGCCAUCCAGGAGAAAGCUCAAUCGAAUGUUUCCCUGCUGGCUAAGAUCUUCAACAGUGGCAGGGCUCUGGACUGACGAUAUAGGAAGAUUUAAAGGAAUAGUUCACCCAAAAAUGAAAAAAUCUAUAAUUUACUCACCCUCAUGUUUUUCUAUACCUGUAUGACUUCCUUUCUUCUGUGGAACAUAAAAUAAAAUUAUUUUAAAAUGUC